AUGGCUUCCUUGUUACUUCGACGACGCGUCUUUUCUCCGUCUCGUUUUGCCCCAGCUUUCAGAGCGACCCACAGUGCUACUUCAUUGACGAAUAUCCUCGGUUCUGAUACACCUCCCCCAACCCAAAUCGCGUCAGUUUCUUCGUCAGGUAUUCUUCUCGAGGAUGGGUUACUGCUACCUGGCGCUGCAAUCUUUCUGGAUGGAAAAAUCUUCCUAUGGGAUGUACCAGAUAGUGUGACCCAGUGGAAGAGAGAACAUUUAGCUUUAUUCGAGGUCGUAGUCCCAAGACCAGAAAUUCUCAUCCUUGGAACUGGUCAAGAGCUAGCGCACCCUCCACCUUCAUUCCGCUCGUUUCUGACGGAAUUGGGGAUCCAAGUAGACGUUAUGAGCACGCGCAACGCCUGCUCAACAUACAAUCUUCUUGCGGAAGAGGGCCGUCGGGUAGCCGCUGCGCUAGCCCCACUGGCUCCGUAUCGUUGGCCAAAGACACAUUAG